CCUGUCUCCACAGAGACGGACAGCUAACGGCAGAGCAUACACAGGCGGCGGAGAGGAGCGGCCGGAGCGCUCGGAAUCCUAUUUAAAAUGGGGGAAGAACUAGAUCAUUUUCUUGAAGAGCAAAGGGCCAAACUAGCACGGGACAAGGCUGAACUGGAAAAGGAUCCUCCGUACAUGGAAAUAAGGAGCAAACGGUUUGAGAAUACCCAUGUAGCUGAACAACCAAGGACAUAUGCCAAGGAAAAUAUCCCACCUAACAGGCAAUCUCAAAAAGAAGCCGUACAGAAGCAAGUAGGAGAUACUAGCUAUGGGUUGAGUUUACCUCUUGGAGAAGAUUAUGAAAGAAAAAAGCACAAACUAAAGGAAGAAUUACGUCAAGAUUAUCGAAAAUACCUCCAUCAGGGAAAUGCUGAGGCCAAACGAAAGAAACACCUGAGAAGUACCGGUGAAGUAAACCCAAUCACUUUUGGAUUGUCUCUCCCCAUUGGUGAGCGUCUGUCAGCCAAGGGAAGACUACGCCUUGAGAGGAACCAAGAGUACAAUCAGUUCCUCAGGAUGAAGGAAGAGGAGCAUGAUGAGAGGCUGCAGAAAGCAGCUCUAGAGGAAGAAGAAUAUGAAGAAUAUGCUAAGAGUAAUAAAACUCAGAACAGAAUAAAACCGCAACAGUACCCAUCGGUGCCAAUAUACAGUCGAGACCAAGCCCUUCCCAAGAAGGAUGCUUACAGUUCUAUGGAAGUUUAUGAGCGGCUCCUCAAAGACCGACGGUCUGAAGCUGAGAGGACUGGGAGAAGAGACAAUCAAACUGAAACUGAGGAUCCUUUUAUCAGAAGGCCAAAUGUUGGUGACGACAUGAUGGAUCAUCCCCGAUACAUUUCAAGAGAUCGGGACGCAGAAAGAAGACCCCUCAGACUUAAUUUAAAUGGCGAGGUUGAUGACAAUUAUUCCAGUAGAUUAAAAUAUGACAGAGAAGUACAAGACAGAAGACCCAUAAGAAAUAACCCACGUCCUGAAAGGGUAUUACAUCAGCAUGGUGACGUUCAGGAGAGCGAUGAAUACCGACCAGAUCGAGCCUCCUAUUUUCAGAUGGAAAGGAGUGAUCACAGGCCUUAUAAAGAUAGGAAAGAUCAAGAAUAUCCUGUGAAUUAUGAAGAUGAUUUCCAAGAGCAACCAAAUCGAAGGCCUGUUACUUCAGUUAUGAGGAACAGGACAAAAACUGAAAACCCAGUUCAGCAGAAUGAACGCUCAAAGUCUGCCAACAUUAAAGACGAAAACUUCUCAAUGGGCCUUCUACUUGGUGGAUCAGAUAAAGAUGAGGCUCAGAAGAGAAGGAAAGAGCAUUACAGGCAAGAACUAAUGGAACAGAUGGCUGAGCAGCAGAGAAACAAAAGACGAGAGAAAGAACUGGAACUAAAAGUUGCUGCUACUGGAGCCAUAGAUCCAGAGAAACAGCCUGACCGGUUACGACAAUUUGGGGCAAUAUAUCGCCAGCAGGAAAUGUCAGAUCGAAAUGUCCCCUAUCGUCCUGGAAUACUGGUUGACCCACAGAAGACAAGCAGAACAGUGAUUGAAAAUAAACCACUUAUUGAUGAAAGGUCUCCACCAGAAAGACCUAGAGUAGCCUUUCAGACUCCUGUACCUGAGCCUGCUGUCACUGGUAAUGGCUUUCCUAUAGCUUAUCAUCCAGCCAACGAGGAAUAUCACCGAGGAAUAUCCAACACUCUUGGAGAAAUAGUCGCUCCCAGGAUUGCAGCGGUACCUCCUCCUCAGCCCCCGAUUCUAGUAGAUAACUACCGGACACCUUAUGAUGAUGCUUAUUACUACUAUGGCGCUCGGAACCCGCUGGACCCAAACCUUGCUUAUUAUCCCCCAGGUGUGAUGGCUAUGCAGGCCGCCCCAGGAAUUGGCAUCCCUGCGACAAAUGUCAUGCAGACUUAUCCAGAGGGUCACACCGUUGACAAUAAACAGAGAUCAGGUGCUGGAAGGGGGGCCAGUUUAGGAACAUUUCCAGAAGAAAGGCCACGACAGACCCGAGAAGCUGUUCUUUCAUAUCAGGAGGAGCUGGAGCAUCAGAUAAGGGAGAAAAAUGAAAGACGCAGAAAAGAGAAAGACGAGACAGAACGUUAUGAAGCUAAACUGGAAGCAGAUAUAAAAAACUACAACCCAUGGGGUAAAGGCGGUGGAGGAGCUCCACUGAAGGAUCAAAAGGGAAAUCUAAUUACGGACCUUAAGCAAAUGCAUAAGCACAAUGAAGAUGCUUACCAAAAUCCUGAAGUUAAUGCCUAUCAAGAUAAACGGGCAGUUGUUGCAAUGGACACCAGUCUGGCUGAUAAUACAUCAUCUACUGGCAAGAUACCAGGAUUCUCAUUUGCAAAUAAUUCCCAAUUUGCAAGAGGAAAUGUAUUUUCGGAGCCACCAACUGAUCAGCAGGUGCAGCAACAAGAAUCUUACAAGAACUUCUUACGCCAACAGAUUGAAGAGAAGAGACGAAAAGAAGAGGAGGAACGCGAACAUAUUCGUCUUGAAGAAGAAAGAGAAGAAAAACGCCUAGCUGAACAGAGGGCCAAGAUUCAACGAGAAUUUGAAGAAGAACAAAAUAGAAAGAAAAUGAAGGAGGAAGAGCAACGGCAAAAAAAUGAAGAACUGGUUCGUCUGGCUGAUGAAAGGCGGAAAGAAGCUGAAAGAAAAAGGAAAGAAGAGGAAGCAAAACAUGAAGAAGGACUGAAACGAUUAUAUGAGCAGGAGAGAGCAGCUAAUGUAGCUGAAGAGCAAGAGAGGCCUCCAAGGCAGCCUUCACCAGUGAUCCCAACUUUACAGCACAAGCUCUCGUCUCGUACACAGCGGCCACCAACUGCAGAGAGUGAAGUGUCUAUCCAGUCACGUGGUGAGCCACAGUCCAGGGCAGUUUCUCCACCGGUCCCAGCUAGAAGAAAUCAGCUGAGAGCUUAUGAUGAGAAGAAGAGCGUGAUCAGUGAGCUGACUGAAUUGAGGAAGCAGCUGAGAAGUGAGCAGAGACGUCUAGAGGGCCGACUACAAGAUACAGAGCGAGAUAAUGAUUCAUUACCUCCCAUGAGCGGAAGAAGAAGGGAGAAGAGUUCAGCGGAUGUCUUUGACCUGGCCAGACAGAAGCUUCAAGCAACUGUAAGGAGGCCAUCUUUAAAGGGCCUGGAUAGUGUGAACAUUCAGAACAUCAGAGAGUUCAAUGACCUUAAGUACAGGGAUACUGACACUCGCGAAGGUGUUAGGAUCAUGUUUCCUGACCCUCCAAAGGAUGAUCAGACGCUAGAGAUCCAGCAACAGGCAUUGCUGAGGGAGCAGCAGAAAAACCUGAACAAGAUAAAGAGGAGAGCAGUGAUGCCAGAUGAGUUUGGACCAGUCCCUGCACGCAGCCUCCACCGCCCAGGAAUGCUCAGCAAUCUAUCAAAGGACCUACUGAAGACCUCACUGCUGGAAUCUGAGAGUGCCUUCAUAGGUGAAAAUGGAGAACCAUAUAACGCAUUCUUUGAUCGAUUCCCUGAUCCAGAAGAAUUACCUUCAGCCAGAGAGCGCAGGAGGCACAAGAAUAAGGUCUGGGACUAUGAUAAUGAUGUUCCUCCUGUGCCUCCUAUCCCCUUAAAUCAACCAGACCGUUACUCAUUGAACUCUGCUGCUAGCUUCAAUGUAGAUGAACUGCAGACCAGAAAUGAUGAGCGUCUCAGAAGAUUAAGUAACUUCCAGAGAAGCAUGGUCAGCAUAGAUAAUAAUCCAGAUGGUUUUGGAAAUGCAGAGGACCUUCUGAAACAGUUUCCUACCAAACCUGGUGACCGACCUCAGUCUGUGGACACAGUAGCAACAGAUCCAUGGAUGCGUCCAGGCACAUCGGAGACACUUAGGAGGUUCAUGGCUGGACAGAUGAGCCAUGAUACCAAUGAAAAUGCCUUAACCUUCAACUGGCAGGGCCUGUCCACUGCUCAUGGGUAAUGGUCAAUGGACAGAACCAUUAGUGAUUUGAAGAGCUUGUUUUUCAUUUUCAACAUUAUUUUUCACCCUUUAUUGUGGGUGGAUAAGAGAACAUUUUGGAAUUAGACUUUCCAGUUUCAGAUUUGACCUUUCAGCACAGCCCUUUAUGUGCCUUUCCAAUAGAUUGAAUGUUGAUCACUAUAGCACUUUUCACAUUUUGUGGCUGAUAAUAAAUGUUACCUACAGACACUUGAACUACGAUACUAGUCUGACAGAUAUUUCUAUGUUGCCAGUUUUAUAGGACAAACUGUAGAACAGAAAUAUUUUAAGUCCUUAGUUUCAUCUACGGCUGCUAUAUAGCAUAUAUAAUUUAGAGCAUGGCAUUUUUUAUUCUAGAUUUCUUUUUUUAUUGUUUGUUUAUUUUUUAAUGUUUCUAAUUCGUCCUUCAACCAGGCAGUGAUGUAGUGUAGAAGAGAAAACUGCAGCACGCAACCAUCUUAAGCAUUACAAUAAUAGUAUAUGUGCUCAACGCCAUAAGGCAUGGAUGUAUGUGCAACUCUCCAGCUGCUUCUAAUCUACAGCUUGAAGAAGACCUCUCCUGACAUGUUUUAUUAACUGCUUCCAUUCCCCAUGUAAUAACAAUUCUGAAGCAUCUGUUCUUGUAACUAUAUGUUGUGUUGUUUCUCUAUACCUAAAUACAGAUUGACCACUGGGUGUUACAAUUCCCAGUCUCAAAGGGUUGUGUCCCUGCACAGUGUGCCGCUGUCCGCAAUGAUUGAAUAGUGUCAAACUGUGCAGGAGCACACCCUCACUUGGUAACACUUAUUCAAAAACAUCUAGAAGGAAUAAUAGAGGAAUGGAACGACAUAGAGCUGUCACCUUCAACCUGCAGCUCUCCAAUUGUUCAAAACUAUAAUGCCCACCCAUGCCCUGAUCUUUGCAGGCUAUCAGGGCAUGAUGGAAAUUAUAGUGCACAGAUUGGAGAACAUUGACCUAAUCAUUAAAAAAGAUGUUCCAGAAAGUAAUUUAGUAAAUCCAAUUAUUUACCAAAACAGACACGUCAGGACUGGAGUGCCAACAGGUCCGCCAUAAAACAAGCCUAUAAGAAUCCCUUAAAAUGGGGGAGCAGAUAGCAACAAGAUUACUUCACAUAACUCCUCCAAAAUUAAGUUGUUCUUAUUGUAUUGACAUCUCUGGUAUAAAUGAUGCAGAACUAUUGCACCACUUUUGAUGUUUAGAAAGUUAUGUCAAUGGGAACCCUUCACGAUGAACAUUCAGCCCAGUCUGUAGGCAGCAUGUUAUAGAGCAGGAGGAGCUGAGCAGAUAUAGUUUUGAGUAACCUUGUAUUUUGAUUGAAAUAUCUGAUUAUUCUGGGCUUUAGGAGUCCAGUGGGCGGACUUAUCAGAGAUUGACAGCUAUCUCUGUAUACACACUGAAAUGUGGAAGGCUGUCAUAAACUGAUUAGAACCACCCACUGGAUAUCUAGACCCAGAAAGAGCAGAUUUACUGUAGAUCAGUAAGUUAUGUUACACUGAAUCUUUUCCCACAAAACUAUAUAUCAAUCUGCUCAGCUCCUCCUGCUCUAUAACAUGCUGCCUGCUGAUUGAAUAUCAUUUUCAUGGUGACAGGUUCCCUAACCUUCACAUAAGCUCCUGAAACUUAAAGGGAACCUGUCACCUGGAAAACACAUAUCACUGGCUUGCGUUCUAAUCACGCUCACGGUAAAGACGAGAAGUGAUGGCCGAGCGCGACGGAACUUAACGGCGCAUGCGCAGUCUGCAAAAUGAAGGCGGUGAGUGAGGGAGCCGGGAUCGCGCAGUAACAGGCAGCGCACGGCGCAUGCGCGAGAAGAGCACGGUAUCACAGCAAGAUGUCCAUCACACUGUAGAGAGGAGAGGUAAGGGGCAGGGUUAUCGUGCCUUGAAGCAAGGAGGCUGCUGCCCCCUUAACUUCAAGCCUGACUUGGAGAAAGAGCCAACAGACAUUAAAACUGCGAUUUUAACAAAUAUGAGGAAAGAAAAGCAUGAUUAGCAACACACUGGGGGAUACUUUAAGGUACUGUGGUUGGUUUAAUAUGUGUUUUCCAGGUGACAGGUUCCCUUUAAUAACGUGUGUUUUGUGUUGUUCCGUAUUGUGAAACUUUCAUUCACUUCCUCUAAAUAUAUUUAUUUAAUAAUCACAGGCUGUGCUAUUUUACUCCUAGUGGAUGCAUGGGCACUGCUUAAGGGUUAUAGCUUAACAAAACUUGAGGAACUCCCCAUAUGCGAGCAGUAUUGAGUUAUGCUCAUAAAUUCUGAUACUAGAUACUUGAAUCACAGUGAAAUAUACCUAUUUAAGAUGAAGACCUAAGUUUUAUGGAUAGCUGUAUAAGGCUGUGGUCACACAUUGGGUUUGGUGAGAUGCAACAAAGGAGGGCUUUAUAUCUUAUGGAUUUUAUUUGGGUAAAAUAAUGAAACAAAAGAAACGUGAGCGACAAAUACAACGCAAACACUAAUGUGUGCCUGUGGCCUAAGUCCAUCAGUUGUGUUCAGCUGAUAGUGUACGGGUUUCUAAUCCAAGAAACAACACCUUGUGACUCAUAAGCUGGCUUCUUGUAAAGUACUUUUUUCUGUUACAUACAUGUAGUUUGUUUGCACUGAAACUAUUUUAUUAUAAAUCUAAGAAUGUUCUAAGAGAGUAUGUUUUCUAACUUAAUAAAAUUAUAUUUUAUUAC